GGUGUCAUGUGUGCGCCUGAUCCAAGAAAACUCAGUUCAAGGAUCUAGGAUUACUGGUUUUGAUUGUAUGAUGAAGUUUGUAAAUAAAAUAAUCAUUACGAAGAGCAAUAGACAUCAGAAGUAUAAACUUUUAUUACUUUUUUGUCUGUGCCAGAAUGAGGAGUAUUCUUGGUCAUUUCAAAGGCAGUCGUGAUUAUUUCCCUCGAUUAAGAAUUGGCAUAGGGAGACCUCCAGGGAAAAUGGAUGCAGCAAAUUUUGUUCUUCGCCCCUUCAACGAAGAAGAACGAGAAAGUGUUGAACUUUACAUUGCAAGUUGGCGAAGACGCAAUACGGAUUCUUUUGCUCGAGGGGUUCAACAAAAGCGCAACAUUUGUCAACACCAACAUGGCUCUGGAACAAAUAAGUUGAAAAUGUUCAAUAUUUAAACAUUUUUAUAGACUCUUAAAGAACUCCAUUCUAUUUAUUGUAUGUAUCAAACUGCUUUAUACUCUGGCUGUCUUUGCUACAGUUUCAACUACCAACUUCCGUGUGGUGAAAAGCGUAUUGCAGCAACAAACAAUCAGUGUACGUAGGAUUUUGAACCCUAUCUAUGGUACUCACAUUGUUUUUCUUUGUUUUCUUCCUUUUGGAUUGAAAUCUCUUAGACAUAAAGUUGUGAUCUUUGAAGAGAUCAAUAAAGCUAAAAACCUCCCCCACCAUGCAGAAAACCAACCGAUAAAAGUUGAGUAAGGACGUGAAUUGAUAAAAGGCAGCUACCUCUACCUAACUUUUAUUGCUUUAAAUAUCUCAUCUUAGCAAUCACCAAUGGACCAAUGGACCAAUGGUGUCUCUUUCUUUGCCCGUCUUGUCAUCUUCUUCUAUAUGCAUUUCCUCGGUUGCCUGACCAUGUAAUUAUCUUCUCCAGUUUAACAAUAAUUGAUCUCAUUCACAUUCUCUUCUUCA